CGGGCCUCCCGACCCGCUCGCGCUCUCCGGCCUGGUCUGCAGCAGAGACUGCGGCGGCGGCCUGGGGCGCCGCGGCCCCGCGACGUGCGGAGCAUCUUCGAGCAGCCGCAGGAUCCCCGCGUCCCUGCGGAGCGAGGCGAGGGGCAUCGCUUCGCCGAAUUGGCGCUUCUGGGCAGCCCCGGCUGGUGUGACCUGUGCGGACGAGAGGUGCUGCGGCGGGCGCUGCGCUGCGUCAACUGUAAAUUCACCUGCCACCCAGAGUGCCGUAACCUGAUUCAGCUGGACUGCAGUCAGCAGGAGGGCUCAGCCCGGGACAGACCCUCUCCAGAAAGUACUCUUACCUCGACCUUCAGCCAGAAUGUGUGUAAACCAGUGGAGGAGACGCGGAGCCCGCCCACGCUGCAGGAGAUCAAGCAGAAGAUUGACAGCUACAACACCCGGGAGAAGAACUGCCUGGGCAUGAAGCUGAGUGAAGAUGGCACCUACACGGGUUUCAUCAAGGUGCAUUUGAAACUUCGACGACCGGUGACGGUGCCAGCGGGGAUCCGGCCCCAGUCCAUCUAUGAUGCCAUCAAGGAAGUGAACCUGGCAGCCACCACAGACAAGCGGACGUCUUUCUACCUGCCACUUGACGCCAUCAAGCAGCUGCACAUCAGCAGCACCACCACAGUGAGUGAGGUCAUCCAGGGGCUGCUCAAGAAGUUCAUGGUCGUGGACAAUCCCCAGAAGUUUGCACUUUUUAAGCGGACACACAAGGACGGACAAGUGCUCUUCCAGAAACUCUCUAUUGCUGACUGCCCCCUCUACCUGCGCCUCCUCGCUGGGCCGGACACUGAGGUCCUCAGCUUUGUGCUAAAGGAGAACGAAACUGGAGAGGUGGAGUGGGAUGCCUUCUCCAUCCCCGAGCUCCAGAACUUCCUAACAAUCCUGGAAAAAGAAGAGCAGGACAAAAUCCAACACGUGCGGAAGAAGUAUGACAGGUUUAGACAGAAACUGGAGGAGGCCUUAAGAGAAUCCCAGGGCAAACCUGGGUAACCGGUCCGGCUUGCUCUCCUCCCUGUGCUCUCGGAUUUGUUUUUAUUAUUAGUUAUUAUUUUGCAGACACUUUUUCUCAGGACACCUCUGGUGGGUGCCUUUGUGCCCGCCCAGCAUUCCAGAUGUGGCACAGAGUCUCUUCCACAGACAAGCAUUUGUGCAGGGGUUGAUUCCUGCCCACCCCCACACCGUGCCCCUCGACAGACUCUGCCAAGGAUCAGUGCUGGGAUCGGUACUUGUGAAAUGGACAGACAUCAUCCUGUCUCAAUCUACGAGCCUUUCACAAAUCAAAUAGUUGCCUCUCAUUACCAAACUGGAACCUAUCACACCAGCCGGCACAGGAAGGAGAAAGGUUUUAGAUCUGUAUGUUGUUUCUCUGGCUUUGAUUCCUCUUCAAUUUAUCUUAUUUGCCACCUACAGUACCUUUAUUUAUGAGUGAAACAUUGUAGCAUAUUCCUUUAGCAGGUCUGAGUUAAGCUCCUGAAAGCAGAAUAAUGCCCAUAAAAGGAUUAUCCCUGUGGCCCCAAGGUGCCCUCUGUUCCUGCUUAAGGAAAGUUCAUGGAGCUCCUGGCCCCAGAUGCGUGAGGUGUGGAGCACUGAAGCUGAGCGGCUCAGAGACUUGCAGAGAAGCUGCAUCCUGCUCUGGCCCUGGCUCCUGUCGCCCAAGAGACUGUGCACGUGUGAACCCAAAGGCACAUGUCUGCGUGUGUGUGGUACUUAGCCACGUCUUUGUCAAUGAACUGUUUGUUUUUAAGGUACACAUUUGAAUUUAAUAUUGCCAUUAUCCUCAUGUGUUUCCACCAAAGGGAAACUGGUCAUUACCAUUUUUGGAAGUCUCCUGCUGAGUAUGGAAAUCAGGCUGUAAGAGAAAGCCAAAAAGUGUUGCAGCAAAAAGUGUCCAAGCUAUCUUCAGCCUUCUCCCAGCUAGACAGCAGAGGAGGGCCUGAGCUGCCUUGGUUUCCCCCCUGGCCUCCAGCACUGCCUCCUCUUUGCACUGGGAAUUUGGGAUCUCUGGGUGCUGCCAGAGGAGUUGCCUUGAAUACAAAGGGGGGAACCUCUAACUCAGCCAACAUGGAAUCCUUUCUGUUCUGAAGCACAGGUCAGCCCAUGGCACUGCGCUCAGUGAGCCCCUGGGCUUGGCCUCCCCUUUGACCUCAGUGCCUUUUGUUUUCAGAGAGAGAUAGGAGCAGGGUGUGUUUGCUUGAAGCUCUGCUGCUGGCUUGCUCCUGCCAGGAAGUGGACAACAGCAGCAUAGGAGACAAGGCCGGGAAAGCCCUCCACGUACGGGGUGAGGGCCACAUACCUCCUUCCCAUCUAACUUCUGGGAUCUGACUUCUAACAAGUGGUGUCAGACGACAUUGACAGGGAGGAUCAGAUUCCUGACUCUGUACAUUUGUAUGGGCUCCUUGUUCAGGUUCAGACUUACAAUAAAUUAGCCAAACAUUCCCGCAAGUAGCCAGGACUGCAAAGACAGUCCAAUGCAGAAGGAGAAGGACAUGUAAUCUUCAAAGAAGGGCCAGUUUUCCAACCCAGCCUUUGAGACCAUUUCUUUGCUGUCCUCUGCCUUCCCAAGUCCCUCUUGGGUUGGUUCGAGCCCAAGCUUCUUUGUGUAGCCUCAGAAUUUCCCUCUCUGACCUAUGCUGAGUCCACACUGCCCCUGAUCCCAGAAGGAAUGCUGACCCUUUGUCAUAUGAACUGUGCAUAGUCUUCAGAGCUGCAAAAGCAACACAAGCUAAGACUCUAAAAGAUGUUUUUGAACCACAAAAACCCUGUUUAUCUGCCAUCUCAUGUUCAGCCUUAUCACUUCCCUCCCUUAAAAAAAAUCUCUCUCCCUGCUGUAUAUUAAAUGGAGCAGGUAGAGAGUCGUUUUCCUUCGUCCUGCAUGUCUCUGACAUUAAUAGAAGGCAUGGCUCCUGCUGCAACCGCUGUGAAUGCUGCUGAGAACCUCCCUCUAUGGGGAUGUCUAUUUUAUUUUUGAGAAGGGAAAAAAAAGUCAUGUAUAUAUAUAUAUAUAUAAAGGCAUAUAGCGAUAUAUAAAGAGAUAAGAGUGUUUAUGAAAUAAGAAAACUAUGGGGAAAAUUUAGACUUUAUCUAAAGCACAGUUAGACCCAGGACCUAUGCUGAGGUCUGAGCCUCUGAAAAAAGUAUGUAUCGAGUAUCCUUUCCUUCCCAGAGGUGGGUAUAACUGCUGGUAGUGCCUUCUAUGGUGGUGUUGCUCAGUGUGUGUUUGUUUUGAGGAUAUUUUCUUUUUAAAUGUCUUUCUUAUAAGGGUUUUAAAAAAAGUAAUAAAAGCUUGAUGCAAAAAUGAUUCAU